CCCUCCUCCUCCCCCCCCGCCCUUCGGGGUGCGGCGGCGGCUCGGAGCCCGGCGUCCGCUCACAUACACACACAUACAGCCGUAUACAGCCGUAUACACCCGGAACCAUGGCGGAGCAGGAGAGCUUGGAGUUCGGCAAGGCCGACUUCGUGCUGCUGGACGCCGUCACCAUGCCCGAGUUUAUGGGGAACCUCCGGCUGCGGUUUGAAAAAGGACGGAUCUACACCUUUAUUGGAGAAGUGGUGGUUUCCAUGAACCCUUACAAGAACCUGAACAUCUACGGGCGGGACACGAUCGAGCAGUACAAGGGCCGGGAGCUCUACGAGAGGCCACCCCACCUCUUUGCCAUCGCUGACGCCGCGUACAAAGCGAUGAAGAGGAGGUCGAAGGACACCUGCAUUGUGAUUUCUGGUGAAAGCGGGGCUGGGAAAACAGAAGCCAGCAAGUACAUCAUGCAGUACAUUGCAGCCAUCACCAACCCGGGGCAGAGGGCGGAGGUGGAAAGAGUGAAGAACAUCCUGCUGAAAUCCAACUGUGUGUUGGAGGCCUUUGGCAACGCCAAAACGAACCGUAACGACAAUUCCAGCCGCUUUGGGAAGUACAUGGACAUCAACUUCGACUUCAAAGGAGACCCAAUCGGUGGCCACAUCAACAACUACUUGCUGGAAAAGUCUCGUGUGAUCGUGCAGCAGCCAGGAGAGCGGAGCUUUCACUCUUUUUACCAGCUCCUCCAGGGGGGGUCUGACCAGAUGCUGCGCUCCCUACAUCUGCAGAAGGAUGCAUCUGCAUACAGCUACAUCUCUCCUGGAGCACAGCUCAAGUGUUCCAUCAACGAUGGUGCUGAGUUCAAGGCAGUUGCUGAUGCCAUGAAGGUGAUAGGCUUCAAGCAAGAGGAGAUUCAGACUGUCUACAAAAUCGUGGCAGUCAUUCUUCACUUGGGGAACUUGAAGUUUUCCGUGGAUGGCGAUACGCCCCUGAUAGAGAACAGCAAGGCUGUGUCCAACAUUGCAGACCUGCUGUCGACAAAAUCUGAGCUGGUGGAAAAGGCCCUUCUGUUCCGGACUGUCGCUACGGGCCGGGAUGUCAUCGACAAGCAGCACACUGAGCAGGAAGCCACCUAUGGCAGAGAUGCCUUUGCAAAAGCCAUUUACGAGCGCCUCUUCUGCUGGAUUGUGACACACAUCAACGACGUGAUUGAGGUGAAGAACUACGACACGACGGUGCAUGGGAAGAACACGGUCAUUGGCGUCCUGGAUAUCUACGGCUUUGAGAUAUUUGACAAUAACAGUUUUGAACAAUUUUGCAUUAAUUACUGCAACGAGAAGCUGCAGCAGCUCUUCAUUCAGCUGGUUCUGAAGCAGGAGCAGGAGGAGUACCAGCGGGAGGGCAUUCCCUGGAAGCAUAUCGAUUACUUUAACAACCAGGUGAUUGUGGACCUGGUGGAGCAGCAGCACAAAGGGAUCAUUGCCAUCCUGGACGACGCCUGCAUGAACGUUGGCAAGGUGACAGAUGAGAUGUUCCUGGAGGCUCUGAACAGCAAGCUGGGGAAGCACGCGCAUUUCUCCAGCAGAAAGCUCUGUGCGACUGACAAAACCCUGGAGUUCGACAGAGACUUCCGAAUCAAGCACUAUGCUGGAGAUGUGAUUUACUCAGUCUCUGGAUUUAUUGACAAAAACAAGGACACUUUAUUUCAAGACUUCAAGCGCCUCAUGUAUAACAGCUCUAAUCCUGUGCUGAAGAUGAUGUGGCCCGAAGGUAAACUGAGCAUCACAGAGGUCACCAAGCGACCUCUGACAGCUGCUACCCUCUUCAAGAACUCCAUGAUUGCGCUGGCGGACAACCUGGCAUCAAAGGAGCCCUAUUACGUCCGCUGCAUUAAGCCCAACGACAAGAAGUCCCCCCAGCUGUUUGACGAGGAGCGCUGCCGGCACCAGGUGGAGUACCUGGGGUUGCUGGAGAACGUCAGGGUGCGAAGGGCAGGCUUUGCCUACCGCCAGACCUACCAGAAGUUCCUUCACAGGUACAAGAUGAUCUCAGAAUUCACCUGGCCAAACCAUGACCUCCCUUCAGACAAAGAUGCUGUGAAGAAGCUCAUUGAGUGCCAUGGGUUUCAGCACGAUGUUGCCUAUGGGAAGACCAAAAUCUUCAUCCGCACACCACGAACGCUGUUCACCUUGGAGGAGCUCCAUGCCAAGAUGCUCGUGAGGAUUGUGCUCUUCCUGCAGAAGGUCUGGAGGGGCACCUUGGCUCGGCUCCGCUACAAGAGGACGAGGGCUGCCCUCACGAUCCUCAGGCACUACCGCCGCUACAAGGUGAAGUCCUACAUCCACGAGGUCGCCCAGCGCUUCCGCAACGUCCGAUCCAUGAAGGAUUAUGGCAAGCAUGUGCAGUGGCCCACGCCACCCAAAGUGCUGCACCGAUUUGAAGAGGCGCUCCAGGCGAUUUACCACAGGUGGAGAGCAGGGGAACUCAUCCGGAGCAUCCCUCCAAAGGACCUGCCUCAGCUGCGGGCCAAGGUUGCUGCCAUGGAGGUGCUGAAGGGUCACCGAGCAGAUCUGGGGCUGCAGAGAGCGUGGGAGGGGGAUUACAUCGCACUGAGGCCGGAUCACCCUCAGAGCACGGGCGCCUUCCUCCCUGUUGCCACCGAGCUGAAACGGAAAGACAAAUACAUGAAUGUUCUCUUCUCGUGUCACGUCCGCAAGGUCAACCGCUUCAGUAAGGUGGAGGACAGAGCAAUCUUCAUCACCGACAGGCACCUUUAUAAGAUGGACCCCACGAAGCAGUACAAAGUGAUGAAGACCAUCCCCCUCUACAACUUGGUCGGGUUGAGCGUCUCCAAUGGGAAGGACCAGCUGGUGGUUUUCCACACGAAGGACAACAAGGAUCUCAUCGUCUGCCUGUUCAGCAAAGAGCCGUCCAACGACAGCAGGGUUGGGGAGCUGGUGGGCGUCCUGGCCAGCCACUUCAAGAGCGAGAAGCGCGCGCUGCGCGUCAGCGUGGCUCACCCGGUGCAGUGCAGCCUGCACGGCAGGAAGUGCUCCGUCUCCGUGGAGACGCGGAUCGACCAAUCGCAGCCGGAUUUCACCAAGCAUCGCUCCGGGUUCGUCCUCUGCGUGCCGGGCAAGUAGCCGCCCUGCGGCCCCGGGAGCGGCGCGGAGCUUUGGGGCUGCGACCGCCCGGCCCGUGGGAUCCGUUUGGAGGCGCCGCGCCGGACGGCCCCGAAGCUCGGCGCUCGACGAACCCGAAUCCGGGAGCUCCGCGGCCGCGGUCGCUCUGCGACGGCUCUGCGCGGCCGCCGUGGGUCGGGACGAUGGGAAAAGCUUCUGAAUUCUCCCCCAAAGCAUUUAUGGUACCGAUGCCCCCCCGCCCCCCCACGGCGGUGCCUCAAGCCCCCCCUCCCGGCUCUGCGGGAGGACCCAAAGUCACCGCAGCGGGCCGGCGGCGCGGCACUGACCGACGGCACGGGGCGGUGAGAGGCUCUGCUGCCCGCUCGGCUGGGGCUCCCGGUGCAGAGCAGUUGGGAGGCCUCUCCGUGCCGGCUUUGCCUUAAUUCCCCCUGCAUUGCCCCAAACGUUCCCGUGACCUUCAGACGCCGCGUGCCCCCACAGCACCGCUGCAGUGGGGCUGCGCUGCGCCCCGAAGCUCCCCACGGCCGCACCGCGACCCCGCUGCAGCCGCUCCCGGCACUGCCGGUCAGGUCGGGACUCACAGCACGAUGGCAGAGAUCAGAAAUCCCAGCAGAGCCGUGGGGCAGCGCUGGAGCCCGACGCCGCGCAUCCCGAGGGCAGCGGGACGCGCAGCCCCUCCUGGCCCCGUUCGGUGGGACGUGGGGCCGCCCCACGGCACUGCGGCCAUAGGGACGUCCCCACGGCCCCGGCUGCCCUCUGCCCCGACCCCCCUCCCCCCCCCGCAGCCCCCUGGCGGUGCCCGCUUUGCACUCCGGGCUCUGAGCAGCACUUUGUGCCCCGCUGCUCCGUGCGGCGAGGAAUGGCGUGGAGGAGAUUGUGGUGCUGCGGGAUGGCAGUGCUGUACGUCAUGAGACGUCUGUAUGAAAUGCAUCAUCUGUUCCAGCUCUGGUUUUAUAUAUAUAUAUAUAUAUAUAAUGUA